AUGAACGAGGAUUUAAAAUUAGGAUCCAUCAUAUGGCCCAACUUCAAGUCCCCCUUUAGCAUUUCAUGCUACUGUAUGAAUGAGGGGUGCACCGUUUUAUCAGUGGGUAGCUACGAGGGCAGUAUAGUUUUAUUUAAAGUUGUAGAAAAUGUGUGUAGCGCGCCAGGGGGUGGUAGUUGUGCCAAUGCAAAUGUUAGUUUCCCCGUUUCGAAUGAAACAUGUGUGACUCCCGUGGACCGUGUUGGUGGUGUCUUUGUGUCACCAGGUGGGAGUUACAAAGAGGACUUUAAAAAAGGCACCGGGGGAGGGGACAAAUUGAGCGCUGUGGGGAAACAUCCUGAUGGGAAUGAAACCGCUGUGAGUAGUACUUUUGCAGGGGAAGGAGAACAAGGCCAUAAUGUACAUAAGGCUAGUGAGGUUAAACUGUAUGUUGGAGAGGGAAGAGGAAAGACAGAACAGUUAAACGCUGAUGGGACGAGUGCAUAUGUGUAUAGCGGAGGAAGGAGUAAUGUGAAGUUGGGGGAGCAAGCAGAAGGAGGAGAAGAAGAGAGAGGGAAUCCAGCAGUGGAGUCACCAGAAAAUAGAAUAAACUUUCUUCCAUACUGUAUCCUGCUAAACAAUAACACCAAUACAUGUAGCAACAGCAUCGUGCAGUUAUGCUUUGGGUUAUCUUGCUCGUCCCUCAUCGAGUGCAUAUCGAAGGAGAUUCUAAUUUCACUUCACCUGGAUAACUGCUUAUAUUUUUGGUCUCUAGAUGAAGGGAGAUGCUUUAAAGUGGUGAAGGGUUUCAAUUUUUUUAUUUACAAUUUGAGGGUGUUGCCAGAUAGGCGGUUUAUACUUUUGUGUGGAGAUAAGAAGGUACUUCUGAUGGAUCUGUGGGGGAACAAAAACAAAGAGAUCAUUGCUCAGUUAACAUUGGAUAAUUAUAUGGAGGGAAGUAAUUAUAAGAAAAGGGGUGUGGAAGGGGAGAAAGGAGGUCGAGGGAGUGGAGGCAUUUCCGGUACCGUUUCAAAUUCAACCCAUGGCGGUAAUAAAGCUUCUGGCACAGGUAUAAGUUAUUUCGUUGGGGAUUCAGUUGAUAGACAUCACUCUUCUUCGUCCAGUUCGUGGGAAAUGAACGAGAGGAUGGUUGUCAAUGGGGGGGAUGGAGUAGCAGCAGGGUCGUGGAGUGUAGUGACUGAAGCAAGUGAACAACCGCAUGGAAGUUCCCUUCCAUAUGGGAGCGCAGCACCUGGAGAAGGUGCAGACGAGGAAGGACACGAAGAAGACGGAUCCGUGCCUCUAAAAAAAAAGUAUGCUAAACGGGGUUAUACAAACGUUGGUGGUGGCAGUUUAAGGCAUAACGUGAAGAGGCAAACAAAUAGCUACGCUACUUUGGAGGAGCAGAAAUUUUCAGCAGAAAAUGUUACAGGUAGGAAUAAAACGGAAAGAAGUAACAAUAAGGAGAAGUUACGAAUAUGCUGCAUCGCAACAGGGUUAGUUCCAUACCUUAAAGAGGACAACCAACGGUCACUGAUCCAGUGCUUUAAAUUAUUGAAGAGGAAAUUAUACGGCACAUAUAAUAAAAAAAAAGACGAAGAUUUUAAACGGGUGGCGUUACUAGAUGAUGAAGAAGAAUUGAGUGGCAAUAAUUCAUCCAGCGAUCAGAAUGAAGAAUUUGAAAAAAUGAAGCAGGACGGAGUUAAGAACAAGUUAAAUAAUUUAUUCAACUGCCCAGUGUUUAUUGUUGCAUCGCUAUCGAAUGGAGACAUCAUAUGUUGGGACCUGACUGAUUUUUUAAUUUAUUACAAAGGUAAAUGUAGAUUCGUAAUAAGGAUAGAAAAAACGGAACUGGAUUUGUAUAACGAAAUUGUGAGUGAAAUAGCAGAGAAUUGUAUAAUGGAUGAACUGUUAAAAAUAAAUGUGCACACUUCUCAUGACAUGAAUUUGAAAACGCACGACAGAUGCUUGAAGUGCCAAGAUGUGUAUAAGCAAUGCAACGGAUUGUAUGUUAUAGAGGCUAAGUUUAUUUCUAAUCUGAGUCCAGCUGAGGACUGGGUUGAAAUUGCGACUAAUGGGAACUCGAGCCGUAUAGGGGUGAUAGACAGCUACGUUAUAAUUUUGCAGGAGACGAGAUUGAUAAUUUAUGAGCGGAAGGAAUUUUCCUCCAUGUUUGUUCCCCUCAUGGAUUUGUUUUGUCCGGACUAUCACCAGAAUUCUGAGAAGAGGAAGCGCAGGAACCCGCACUGGGUGGGAUUGCAGAUCGUGCGCCGCCCCCUGUUGAAGUUUUCCUCGGGUAUUUUCAAAAGCAGCGGACUGAAAAGUAAAUCCUUCGACGUGAUGCAAAAGUUAGCAAAAAAUGUAUGCGGUUCGAUAAUUGCCUGGACAACGGAAGGGAACUUUUACAGCUAUACAUUACCGCUAAAAUUUUCAAGCAUGUUCCUUUCCUUCCAGUCAAACAUAAAGUCCUUCUUCCUGAUGAAGGUUAAUAAAAAGUAUUUGGGUUCACUUAAGACUCCCAUCCCUAUAGUGAUAUACAAGGAACGCAUAUGCAGGAAGAGGAACAUGAUAGGUGAUAAGGAUGAAGAGGGAGAGGAGAACAGAGCGAGUAAUCAUAAUGAAGGAGGGAGCAACUACAACAAUAGCAAUAAGUUUAGGAUAAAAAUAAAUGAUAGCACAGAAAUGACUCCAAAUUAUUUAAAAAAUAACAUUUCCAUGGAGUCCAUAAAGUCGAAGGCAGCUUCGAAUGAUCAGAUGAUGCUCUCCAGGGACACUUUUCAUGAGUACAUGAAUGUGAUGAAAACCAGUACCAUGUGUAGAGAUACGAAAGGGAAUAAAAUGAAUUCUAUCAAGUAUGCAAAGUGCAAGGAUGAUUUAUUGUUUCUUUUUAUAAGUAGGAAGAACCCCAAUAGAGUUGUCCUCUUUGAGGGGUUACUUGGUGCCUGGUUUAAGACGACUAAUUUAGAGAAAGUUUGGCUUUUGCCUCAGAGGAAGAGGCCCAUGGAAGGGAUGAAAAUUGUGAAGAAUCGAAAUGAUAUGAUUUUGAGGGGGAAAAAAAAGGAUUCCGUUAAAGUGGUGAAUCCACAAGUGAGGGGGGAGGAUGAUAAUUGGGAUGCUACUGCGUGGUUGCAUAUGGAACAUGUCCUUCCGCCUAACAUACGUAGGUGCAGUGACCUCCUCACAGACUUGUUUCAGAAAAAGGCGUGUAGUGUGCGAGGCAAGCAUGUGGAACGGGGAAAACUAGAUAGUGGAGGUAGGUCCAUAGUGGCGUAUGCAAUAGCAGAGCGGAAUAACAGCAUAUACAUUUUUUUAAGUUUUACCAAUGGUCAUGUGUUAAGUGCGUUAAUUAAUUCUUAUGGAAAAUCCUCUCGCGGGAAAAUGAUGAGAAAUAGGGCAGGGAAAAUAAUAAAUGGUAUGGGAAGUAGAUUAGUUAGAGAGCUACCCAUCCCAAACUACGUCCUAAAGAAAAAUGUAUUCAUAACGACUUUGCAUUGUGAAAGGGAUUACCUGGUAGGGGGUUCCAGCAAAGGAGACAUUUUAAUAUGGGACAUAAGAAUGUUUAAGUUGAAGAAGUUUAUUAAGGCUUGCCAUUUUAACUAUGUUAGAAGCAUCCAUAGCGUUAUUGAUGAAAAUGUUCCGAAGAAAGUGGACACAUGUUCCUUGAGGAAAAAAACGGAAUCAUUUUGGGUUCUAAGUUGUGAUGCUAGUAAUAAUCUAAUUCUUUUCAAUUUGAAUGAAAGCAAAUACGACGAAAAUAAUUUUGAAUAUCUUUUUUGUAAAAAUGAUAGAUGCAGUAUAGUUAUAACAACAGAUGAGGAAUCGUUAAGGAAGAAAGAGUUGGACAUUCGCCAAAAAAAAAAAAAAAAAAUUCUGUUUUUAAAUUAUAUGACACAUUUUUUUAAAAAAAAAGGAUUAUACAAUAAUGGAAAAGUUACAGAAAGGAAAAACCACCUAUUGCAUCUGCUAAAAAGUAAAAAAGACUUAAGGAUGAAGCUAAUGAAAGGUUUUUAUUAUGCCACCUCGGGCACCAUGAACAAAUCUGUUGGUGAUUCUAAAGGAAGCUUCUUCCAUGUGAGGAGAAAAAUUCAUAAAAAGAGCAAGGGACAACAUAGGGAGAUAAGGAAUAUGAUCAAUGUAUGUCUUUACUGUUCUUUUAGGAAGCUAGAGAAGAAGAAUGAAAUUAAUUUUAAAUUAAUAAAUCAUGUGUAUAUCAAUACGUUCUCCUCUCUCUUGUAUAUCACUUCGAUGAACAACUUGGUAUUCAUUUAUGAUUAUGGGAGCGGGCGUUUCCUGCGUUCCCUGUAUGAUUCAGACUUUGCUGCAAUGUGUGUGGUCCCCACGGAGACCCGCCACAUGAAACUGGGAGUAGACAUCACAUCGGUGCGCAUCCUCAACAGGGUGCACACGGGUGGUAGGAAGGUUAACAGUGUAUUUGGCGGUGAGGUUGACGGCUGGACGAGCACCGAUAUGAAUAGCGACCGAAGCAGCGGCAGGGGGAAUGAUCGACGAAAGGUUAGAAGCGGAGGAGUUGCGCCAGGAAGCAUUUCCCUUGCGGAGCGGGGAAAGGAGCCUAGUGGAGAAAUAUACCACUGCAACCCCCCCAGGAAGAGCAUCUACCGCGCAAAAGUGCAUGGAAGCGCAUAUGGGAAGCACUCCUGCAGCUACGUUGUGAAAAGCCAAGUACCAGUCAUAAGUUAUGUUCUGUUUAGAGACAGCAAUUUGUCCAAGAAGGCUAUGCCAUUGACGAAGUUUUUAUUUCCUUUUUUUUUGCCACCGAAAUGUGUGCAUCUGUGUAGGGAAUUAUUCUCCUUCCUCAUAAGUUUUCCCUCAAUUCCAUUCUCGUUAUGUAUUCACGGGAAGGAGUCCACUCUGUCAACGUUGAUCCCUAUUUCGACUCAAAUAUAUUACUUCUCCAAGAUGCAUUCGCGGAAGGAGGGUACAUGUGAGGGACAUGUAUAUGUUACCAUUAGUGGAGGAAGGAGAGACAAGUACGAGAUUCAAGAAAAAAAAAAAAAAGAAAAAUUCAUUUUUGAUUCUCUAAACAUUGAUGAGCCAUAUAUUUACAAUAAAAAAUUUAAGAACAAAUAUUUCUUAAGUGAAGAGUAUAAAAAGAAGUACCUCAUUUUGGGGAUAAAGAUGGGGAGUCUCAAGCGACGGUGCAACGAUGUUAUGGAAUUUUCCAAGUAUAAAAAUUUGAUGAUGUAUAGGCAUGACGAGGGGAGCAGCAUCUUUACCGUCGAUCCGGGGGUAACUUCAGGUGUUGAUCUUUGUGAGACGGAGGAAUUUCAAGGUGGGACGGAAAAAACGCAACGGCCGAACGAAGGAGACAUGUUGAAGAGUAUCCGUGGCCAGACACAAAGUGGAAGCAACAGCGGGAGUGAUGGCAAUAGUGUUGUUGGAGGUAAUUCUCCUGAGAGGGCCACCUUUAAGGAACAACCUUCUGGGAUACAUAGCCAAGCGGAGAAGGGCGAAGGAGGGGUUGCAAAUAGCCUAAUUAGGAACGCCUCUUCAGUUAAAAGCUCUUUUCCGUGGCACAGUUUAGAGGACCCCAAAUGUGUGAACACUCGAGCGAGGAGGAAGAAGUACCAGAUGAUGCAGUACAAUUAUUACAAAGAUUUCAGAGUGCGUCAGAGGUCCGUGACGAGAUCAACCAAGUGGUUUUUGAAAUAUUCAGAUGAUGAGUUUUCGAAUUAUUCUUCAGACAAGUCUAGUCUGUACUUGUAUGUGAAGCAAGAUAAGGUUCGUCGGUCCCGACGGCUGGACCCUCGUGGUAGCAACACACAUCAUGUGCAAAGUCAAGUGAAGAGUCCAGUAGCCCACCGGGAAUUUUUCUUCGAGAACAACUCUGUGGAUGUGUACUGCAAUAGUGUUUACGUGAAGACACUGUACUGCUGCUUUAUGCUGCGAUUUCUGAGUUUGUGGUGUGGCAGUAGCACAGGGGGACGGUAUGAUCCUUCAACUCUGUUCAACUUUAGAAAGUACAUAAUUGAGAACCUACCAGAGAGUAACUCGUUGAAUCUGUUUCUCCUGAGCUACAUAUCGAUGUACCCAUAUGACAGGAGCAUACGAAUACAAUUGCAGAGGUUCAUGUGUACUGUGAUAGCUAAUAUAAAGGAUAAGACAUUGGAUAAGUACGCCAAAACAUGCACAGAAAUUUUAAGAAUAAAUAAUAAGAAAAAAAGAAUUAUAGAAAAGAAUUUGGAUGAGAUAUCUUUAUAUGAUACGUCAGGGACCUAUGUGAUUACAAUUAUUAUACCUAAAGUGGGAUCCUUUUUCUUUUACCCAUUUAUUUAUGCGGACGAAAUUUGCCUUACGUUGUUACUGCUACUACUUGUGGUGAAAUAUCAUUACUUAAGGAAGUCCAAAACGUUUUAUACCAAUGCCAAUAUGAUAACCCUAAUUGUGCAUCAUAUUUGCUACUACAUUUUUGUGGACACGCAGUGCCUAAUCGAGAAGGAAAACAAGUUUAACAGAUUUAAGUUGUUCCAUUUUAUUCACUUGCUAUCAUUGAGUUUUUCUAUCACGUGGGAUUUUCAUGUGCUGAUCCAGAGGGGCAUCUUCACGAGUAACAUGAAGAAUAUCUCGUACAUUUCCUUCAACUUGCAUUUAAAAAAGGAAGAUUUUAAUUUGAACGAAAGGAUGAUUGAUGAGAGUUAUUUUAAGGCACUGAAGGAUUAUUAUGUCUUGGGUGGUUCAUCAGCAGGAGCAACGAAUGCCCUUUCCGCUUCUGCGUCUGCGUCCGCGUCUGCUUCUGGUGGUGGUGCUUUUUCCGCGUCGGCCUCUGCUACUGUUGGUCCUUUUGCAGGGGACGCCAUGCCCAUUGCAGGAAGUGAUAGAACGUUAGGUCAUUCCGUAAGUGAAAUAAAUUUAAAGAAUUAUAUGGACGCUUUUGUUGGAUACACAGAUAAGGAUAAAUUGGGAGGAGAGUUUGAAUCGGAAAGGGAAGAACAGCUGUCACUGAAUUCGUAUGAAAAUAUUUUUUCUGAGGUACAAAGUGAAGGCAGGAGUGCAUGCCAUGCAAAAUCAAAUGAGGUGCUGGAAAUAGGGGGCACAAGUGGUUCAGUUUCAUCCCAAGGGGUAGGUGUUGGAGUGGUAAGACAGGUGAGCUUGUCAAAUAGAAUUCAUCGCGUGGAAGCCAUGAGUACAGGACAGAGUUACUACAACGAAUUGUAUGAGUUAUUAUGUGAUGAGAAUAAAAUAAAGAUGAUCCAAGUGAAGAGGAAAAAGUCACAAAUAAAUGAAAAUAAUUACAUUAACAUAUGUCAUUUUAUUUUGAAUAUCUUCGAUCUGUAUACACUGUCCAUGAAUAAUAUGAGUUUUUUAAAAAUAUUAAUUAACACGGGAAGAAUAGAGCCAUAUUUAUUUUUAAAAACGCUACAUUAUAUAACGAGUAAUGUAAACAAAAGGGUAUCCUAUAUGAACAGAAUUUUAUUUCUUCUAAUAAUUUUGAUUAAGAAUUAUAAAUGCAUGUUCAUUUUGUACAUGGACGUAAUAAUCGAUAUCCUUUUGAAUUCUUUGGACCCCUCUAACAACGUUCGUAUCCUGUGUCUGAAAUUAUCAACCAGCUUGAUUUACACCUUAGUUAAACAGUACCCGAUUUGCUGCUUUAAUAAAUUUACACAACGAUUAGCUGUGGCAAAUAAUAUGAACAAGUGCAUUUAUUUAUAUGAUUUGAAGAAUGCAAAAAAGUUGAAGAUCUUUCAAGGACAUAAGAGAGACAUUAAUUGUAUUAACUUUAACACUGCGGGGAGUUGCUUGGCUUCCUACUCCAAGUUAGACUUAUCGUUCAAAAUAUGGAACUGCACAAAUGCGGGUCUGUUCAGUGGGUUUUUAAAAAUUCAAUCCAAGUGCGCUAGGGAUAUACAGCUCUCCAGGAUUAAUAUAAACUACUUGUUCCUCUCCGAUCACUACAUAGAUAUUACUUACAAGAAGAAGAACGAGUGGGCCCUCAGGCGCGAAGACAACGCGGUGUAUUUGAUAUACAUCUAG